AUGUUCCCAGCGCUGGAAACAGACCGAAAGCAGGAGACUCAUCCUGAUCCCUAUGAAGACUUUAUGUACCAUCACCUCCAGUACUAUGGCUACUAUAAAGGGCCGGCCUGCCUCCCGUCAGCUGUGCACGGACAGACGGAAGCGGGGAGCCGAGAUUCCUUCAUGCUGAGUUCACCACUUCUCAAGAGCAGACAGCUCCUUCAUGAUGAGUUUGGGGACACAAACCCACGCCUCCGGGAACCCCGAGAUCUCUUUGCCUUUUUCUCUGACAGCGGGCCAAUGCAGGCUCCAAGAUGGCCAGUGGAAUGUGAGGUCAUCAAGGAAAACAUCCAUCAUAUUGAGGGAGUUCCACCUGAACCAGAAUAUUUUUAUCAACCUACAGGAAACGAAAAGGUGCCAGAAAUUGUAGGAGAGGAAAAAGGCACAGUUGUCUACCAGUUAGAUUCAGCGCCCACCAAAGGUUCCUGCUUCACCAGUUCCAGAGUGGGAGGCAGACGAGGAAUUAUCAGGGAACUCGCCGUCACGUUGCAGGGACCAGAAGAUAACACUCUCCUGUUUGAAUCCAGGUUUGAGAGUGGGAAUCUGCAGAAAGCUGUCAGAGUAGACACCUACGAAUAUGAACUGACCUUGCGCACUGAUCUCUACACAAACAAACACACUCAGUGGUUUUAUUUUCGAGUUCAGAACACCAGGAAAGAUGCCACCUAUCGCUUCACCAUUGUCAACUUGCUAAAACCCAAGAGCCUUUAUACUAUAGGGAUGAAGCCGCUUAUGUACUCCCAAGUGGAUGCCGACACCUACAACAUUGGCUGGAGAAGAGAAGGAAAUGAGAUCAAGUACUACAAGAAAAACACGGGUGAUGGGCAGCAGCCCUUUUACUGCCUGACAUGGACCAUUCAGUUCCCACAUGACCAGGACACUUGCUUCUUUGCGCACUUCUACCCCUAUACAUACACUGAUUUGCAGUACUACCUCCUGUCGGUGGCAAACAACCCCAUCCAGUCUCAGUUCUGCAAACUCCGAACUUUAUGCAGGAGUCUGGCAGGAAACACCGUCUACCUGCUCACCAUCACCAACCCAUCCCGGACCCCUCAAGAGGCGUCUGCGAAGAAAGCCGUGGUCUUGAGCGCGAGGGUCCACCCCGGGGAAAGCAAUGGCUCCUGGAUCAUGAAAGGAUUUCUGGACUUCAUUCUUAGCAACUGCCCAGAUGCUCACCUCCUCAGAGAUAUCUUUAUCUUCAAAGUGGUUCCCAUGUUAAACCCAGAUGGAGUGAUUGUGGGCAAUUACCGGUGCUCGUUGGCCGGAAGAGACCUGAACAGGCAUUAUAAAACCAUUCUGAAAGAGUCUUUCCCUUGCAUCUGGUACACCAGGAACAUGAUCAAGAGACUUCUUGAAGAAAGGGAGGUUCUCAUGUACUGUGAUUUCCAUGGCCACAGCCGUAAGAAUAAUAUCUUCCUGUAUGGCUGCAACAGCAACGAUCCCAAGUCCUGGCUUCAUGAGCGAGUCUUCCCAUUAAUGUUAAGCAAAAAUGCACCAGAAAAGUUUUCUUUUCAUAGUUGUAAUUUUAAGGUCCAAAAGUGCAAAGAAGGAACGGGACGUGUUGUGAUGUGGCGGAUGGGAAUCCUGAACAGCUACACCAUGGAGUCCACCUUCGGCGGGUCCACCCUGGGCAAUAAAAGAGACACUCAUUUUACUACUGAGGAUCUGAAGUCCCUUGGUUAUCACGUCUGUGACACCCUGCUGGAUUUCUGUGAUCCUGACCGAACCAAGUUCAUGCAGUGUCUAGCAGAGCUUAAAGAGCUCUUACAACAGGAAAUCCAUAAGAAAUUCAAUAAACUUGGACAAGAUGUGGAUUUAGAAGGAAGUUGGAAUGACAUCUCUUUGUCUGACAUUGAAUCCAGCACCAGUGGUUCUGACAGUUCGUUCUCAGAUGGCCUCCCUGUUCACCUCCUGAACAUAGCAGAUGAGUUGAAUCAGAAGAAGAAGACGUAUAAGAAGAAAAAAAAGAAGCCACCUCAGACAAGGAGACAGCGAAAUGAACAGUAUCAGAAAAAUAAUUUGAUUCAGGAGUUAAAGCCAACAGAAGAUGCCCUAGAAAGGGCAGGAUUUGCUUCUAGGGGGCAAAAGCAGUCUACCUUUUUCAAAAAUUCAGAGAAUACCAGUUCUUCAACAAUAAAAAAUGAAGAACCAAGGCUGAAUGAGUCACAGUUAAAUGGAAGAGACAAAGGCGUCUUCCUGGACCCAUCAGAAGCAACCGCCUUGAUUCUGACUAAGAAUAAAGAAAGACUGCAGAGAGAAAAGCCUGGAUUUACAGUCUCAUGCUCUCCAAAGAGAAGCCCAAACACCAGCCAAGAGCCCGCUCCAGAUACGACGCCCAAGUGGCCCAAGAACAGGUUUCUUGCCGCAAAGAGAGGCCGCGCCACGAUGGCGGCGUACCCGUCCUUGCACAUAUACACGUACCCGUAG